UUUGUGGAUCUGCAGGCUCUUCCAAAUCAGCAAACAGUCGAUUAUCCCAGUUUUAAACUUGUUAUUGUUGGUGAUGGCGGAACUGGAAAGACUACAUUUGUGAAGAGGCAUCUUACCGGUGAAUUCGAAAAGAAAUACGAACCCACCAUUGGUGUGGAGGUGCAUCCAUUGGAUUUCUUCACAAACUGUGGGAAGAUUAGGUUUUACUGCUGGGAUACAGCUGGCCAGGAGAAAUUUGGUGGCCUUAGGGAUGGCUACUACAUUCAUGGCCAAUGUGCUAUCAUCAUGUUUGAUGUGACAGCUAGAUUAACAUACAAGAAUGUUCCCACAUGGCAUCGUGAUCUUUGCCGUGUCUGUGAGAAUAUUCCCAUUGUUCUUUGCGGAAACAAGGUUGAUGUGAAGAACCGUCAAGUUAAGGCAAAGCAGGUUACUUUCCACCGGAAGAAGAAUCUUCAGUAUUAUGAGAUCUCAGCAAAGAGUAACUACAACUUUGAGAAGCCUUUCCUCUACCUUGCUAGGAAACUUGCUGGUGAUCAAAACUUGCACUUUGUGGAGUCUCCUGCCCUUGCUCCCCCUGAAGUACAGAUCGACUUAGCUGCACAGCAACAACACGAAGCUGAGCUAGUUGCUGCUGCCAGUCAACCCCUCCCAGAUGAUGAUGAUGAGACAUUUGAUUAAGAGUAGUCAGCAUUUGUGGUGCAGUUACGAUUCUUGAUUUUCCCCCGUGUACCAGUGUCCCAUUUUUUCCGCCAUUGAUGAUGGGCUUCUGAGAUUUGUGUUCCAGAAUAUGUAGGCUUUUUGAACUCCGUUUAUGAUCUAUUUUCUUUCUUUUUGGUUUGUGAGAAGUAUGAGAAGUUUUUAUUCAUAUCUUCUGAAUGUGGAUCUCUAUUUGUUUGGACGAAUGGAUUUUGGAUAAACGAAGCUACUGUUGGUGCUUGUUAA